AUGUACAACACAAUGGAUAUUCGACCGAAUAAUACGAUUUAUAUCAACAAUUUAAAUGAAAAAAUAAAGAAAGAAGAGUUAAAAAAAUCUUUAUACGCGAUAUUUUCACAGUUUGGGCAUAUAUUAGAUAUUGUUGCGUUGAAAACUUUAAAAAUGCGGGGUCAAGCUUUUGUAAUAUUUAAAGAAAUUCAGAGUGCAACAAAUGCUUUGAGAUCGAUGCAAGAGAGACCAAAGAAGCCUAAACGCGUAACAGUCCCAGCGGAAGAAGAAGCGAAACGCGCUAAGAAGAAGGCUAAAGAUCAAUCCAAACAGCAAGUUGGCUAUCACUCUGGUGUACCGACCCACCUGGGCAUGAUGAACGCUGCGGUACCAGAGCAGCCACCUAAUCAAAUUCUCUUCUUAACUAAUUUACCGGAUGAAACAUCAGAAAUGAUGUUGUCUAUGUUAUUUAAUCAAUUUCCUGGCUUUAAAGAAGUUCGACUUGUACCCAACAGACAUGAUAUUGCGUUCGUUGAAUUUGAAAAUGAAGAAGGCAGGAUCUUUUACAACUUCAGUUCCAACUCUAACGUGACCCUGUUCAAUCAACUGGGUUGCCAUCUUCACACUCUCGCUCAUUUUAUUUCUAACCAUUACCACAGGCAAUCUUCUUCUGCAAAAACACGAUGCGCUAAAGUCAAUUAUCGUUCCUCUUUAAGAAUUUUAGGUUAUAACAAUAAGAACCACGAGUUUAAACCAUGUUUUCUUUUCACCUCAGCGCCUCUAGUGGCUGUUUACAAAUUUAAAAGAGCUCUCAGAUACAGAUACGCUGAGGGUCGAAUUGACUGA